AAGAAGAAAAGGAAAGAAGACGACACCUACACCGGAAACAGCGGCUUCGUUCAAAAGUUUUUUCGCAAGUUUAUCUGAAAUUCAAUUGAUCACGAACAGUGUAUACUUCUUACGUGAGUUUCUAAAGCGUUUUUAAAACGCCUUUAAUUUGUUAGACCUGCUGUCUUUGCAGGGUAUAUAGUGCAACAGCAGAUGAGGUCAGUUUUGUGUGGGGACUUAAGAUUCUUUGGCCUGGCUAUUUGAGAAGGCUGCUAUAUGCUAGCUCAGUGUUUGCACGUCCAGAGUCUGCCGUCUUUCAUUGCCUAAGGUCUGAGCAGUAACAACACACGGUGUCUGAUGGUUCGGGUGCCCACCCACUAAUCAAGCCAAAAAGAGAUCUGGUCGGUGUGAAGAACAGAUAUUUUGUAUCUGUUAUACACCUUGCAGUGCUCAGCGAGAGGCGACCGCAAUGGGGGCCACCAGUCUGGAUAAGAUCAAAACCCUGCAAAGAAACCCUGCUAACAUCAGAAACCUGUGCAUUCUGGCACAUGUUGAUCACGGCAAAACUACUCUAGCUGACUGCCUUGUGGCAAGUGAUGGCAUCAUAUCAAGUCGACUGGCUGGGAAGCUGAGAUAUCUGGACAGCAGAGAAGAUGAACAAAUUAGAGGAAUCACCAUGAAGUCCAGCGCCAUCUCUCUGCACUACAGCACAGGUGAUCAGGAGUACCUUCUAAAUCUGAUUGACUCUCCUGGUCAUGUUGACUUCUCCUCGGAGGUUUCCACAGCUGUCAGGUUGUGUGAUGGAGCCAUUGUAAUUGUCGAUGCUGUGGAGGGUGUAUGUCCACAGACUCAGGUUGUACUCCGACAGGCAUGGCUAGAGAACAUCAGGCCUGUUCUGGUAAUUAAUAAAAUUGACAGACUCAUUGUUGAGCUGAAGCUCACCUCGCUGGAAGCCUACACCCACCUGCAGAAGAUCCUGGAACAGGUAAAUGCUGUAACAGGAGCUCUGUUUACAUCCAAAGUGCUGGAAGAGCGAGCAGAGAAAGUAAAGGAGGAGGUGGACAAGGGAAAAGACUUGAGUGGAGAUCAGGUUUAUGACUGGAGCACUGGACUGGAGGAGGCAGAUGACUCUCACCUCUACUUUUCUCCUGACCAAGGAAAUGUGGUGUUUGCAAGCGCCAUUGAUGGAUGGGGUUUCAGCAUUCAGCAUUUUGCGUGUAUAUACAGUCAGAGGAUGGGAAUCAGGAGCGAGGUGCUCCUUAAAACCUUGUGGGGAGAUUUCUACCUCAAUGCAAAAACAAAGAGGAUCAUGAAAGGAGCUCAGGCCAAAGGAAAGAAGCCCCUGUUUGUGCAGCUUGUGUUGGAUAACAUUUGGACUUUGUAUGAUGCAGUUGUCGCCAGAAGAGACGAGGAGAAAGUGAAAAAGGUGUUAACAUCACUUGGGAUAACAGUGAUGACAAGGGACCUGCGUCACUCUGACCCAAAAGUCCUCUUACAUGCCAUCUGCAGCCAGUGGUUACCAGUGUCCAGGGCUGUCCUCUCAAUGGUGUGUGAGAAGCUUCCCAGUCCAUUAGAGAUGACAGCAGAGAGAGUGGAGAAGCUAAUGAGUAUUGGUACCCGUCGAUUUGAUUCACUACCUGAAAAAACGCAAGAACUGAAGACAGCAUUUCUUCAGUGUUCCAGUGGAACAAAUGCUCCAGUCAUCAUCUUUGUGUCCAAAAUGUUCGCUGUGGACACAAAGGCCUUGCCUCAGAAAAGACACAGGCCUCUAAACCUGGAGGAGAUUGCUCAGCGCAGAGAAGUGGCUAGGCAAAGACAUGCUGAGAAGAUGACUGCUGGGAGCCUUGAAGGGGCCCUUAUUUCAGACAGAACUCCUGCAGGAGCUAAGAUGAUAAGCCUGACUCUAAAGGACUCCAAGCCGGAGGAGGAAGAGGAGCUGAAGGAGGUCUUCAUUGCAUUCGCACGAAUCUACAGUGGGAUGGUCAAGAAAGGGCAAAGGGUUUUUGUUCUGGGACCAAAGUAUGAUCCUGCUCAAGGCCUGAGCUUGAGUAAAAAUUUAGCAACGUCUGGGUUAAAAUUAUUUGUCUUUUGUGUUCUACUGUCAGCUAAGAUGAUAAGCCUGACUCUAAAGGACUCCAAGCCGGAGGAGGAAGAGGAGCUGAAGGAGGUCUUCAUUGCAUUCGCACGAAUCUACAGUGGGAUGGUCAAGAAAGGGCAAAGGGUUUUUGUUCUGGGACCAAAGUAUGAUCCUGCUCAAGGCCUGAGCUUGCUGCCAGGGGGAUGUAGUGCAUUUGACUGUGUUCCAGAAGUACCACAUCUGUCCUGUUGUACCAUGGAAAACCUUUACUUGCUUAUGGGCCGAGAGCUGGAAGAGCUAGAGGAAAUUCCUGCUGGAAAUGUCUUGGGUAUUGGAGGUUUAGAGGAGUGUGUCUUAAAGACGGCUACCCUGUCAGCUUCACUUGCUUGCCCACCCUUCAGUCCGCUCAACUUUGAAGCUGCACCCAUUGUACGGGUUGCUGUAGAGCCAAAACAUCCAAAUGAUAUGCCAAAGCUGGUUCGUGGGAUGCGUUUGUUGAACCAGGCAGAUCCAUGUGCUCAAGUUUUGAUACAGGAAACAGGAGAACAUGUUCUGGUUACUGCCGGUGAGGUCCAUCUACAACGUUGCCUGGAUGACCUCAGAGAGAGGUUUGCGAAUAUACAGAUUAGUGUGUCUAAGCCCAUCAUUCCAUUCAGAGAAACUGUGGUACAGCCUCCAAAAGUGGAUAUGGUGAAUGAGGAGCUCAGCAAGCAACAAAAAGUUGCUGUCAUUCAUCAGGUGAGAGAAGAGCCUUCUCACUAUCGUUCUUCUGAGUCCCAGCAUGUGGACCAUGAUGGUCUUGUUACCCUCACCACUCCCAACAGAUUGUCCACUGUCUGUGUGCGGGCCAUCCCAUUACCACAAGAGGUCACUGUUCUUUUGGAGAAAAGCUCAGAGUUAAUUAGAACUCUGGAGCUGAUAAACUUGUCCCUCAGGGAGGGGAAGACCAUGGACAUAAAUCUCAGGACCCUGGAGGCCAUUGCGGAACUGAAAGAGCAUCUUGAGAUCUUGUUACAAGGAAGAAAGUGGCGGAAUGCCGUGGAAAGGAUCUGGGCUUUUGGGCCUCGCAGGUAUGGGCCCAAUAUUCUUCUGAACAGCAUUAAAGACUACAACCGAGUGUCGAUGUGGCAAUGUCUUAAGGGCAGACACAGUGAGUCAGCUGGAGCUCCAGCUUCUCCACUCCGAGACUUUGAUAACAGUAUUGUCAGUGGUUUUCAACUUGCAACUCUGUCUGGUCCCAUGUGUGAGGAACCCCUGAUGGGAGUUUGCUUCUCUGUUGAGAGGUGGGAUGUCCAGUCUUUAGCUUUUUCGCAACAUCCACACGCCUUGAAAGAGGACUCUGUUUCCCAUGAAGCUUUUGGAGUCAGUUCACAUGAAAACUGUGUAGAUCUGACAGCAGAGCGUGACCUGACUGAACGAAGAACAGACGCUUCCUCUGCAUACUGCUACGGGCCAGUUUCUGGUCAGCUGAUUGCUUCCAUGAAGGAGGCAUGCCGGCAGGCAUUCCAGGCCCAGCCCCAGAGACUAAUGGCAGCAAUGUACACCUGUGAGAUCAUGGCAACUGCAGAAGUGCUAGGCCGAGUUUAUGGUGUACUUGGAAAGCGAGAGGGUCGUGUCCUCCAUGAAGAGAUGAAGGAAGGAACAGACAUGUUCAUCAUCACAGCAGUUCUUCCAGUUGCUGAAAGCUUUGGGUUUGCUGAUGAGAUCCGCAAGAGGACCAGUGGAUUGGCCAGUCCACAGCUGGUUUUCAGCCACUGGGAGGUGAUCAGCAGUGAUCCAUACUGGGUUCCUACCACAGAAGAAGAAUAUCUGCAUUUUGGAGCAAAAGCAGAUUCUGUGAACCAGGCCCUCAAAUAUGUGAAUGCUGUCCGCCGGCGGAAAGGUCUUUAUGUGGAGGAGAAGCUCGUUGAGCAUGCAGAGAAACAGAGGACACUUAGCAAAAACAAGUAGAGGAAACUGUGGUGUGUCCUGUCACAAUGUUGGCAUCUGUCUAUUCAGCAACAUUUUUUGUGAUGCACUAUGCUCUUCCAUGAGUCUUUAGUGUCACCAUUCAGUGUAAAUGUUUUAUGGCAAGAGCAGGACUAUGACUAUCUUACAUUUCUGAAUGAUGGACAUUAAUGAUGUUAAAAUACUGACAAUAAAGUCGAUUGAUCAUAAGGGAAGGAUGUAGUUAAAACAGUGUUUUUGAUGAGGGAAAAUAUGCAAACCAUUUGAUCCUGACAUUUCUUCAUUUUUAUGGAUGUUAACUUUUGACAAUCAUGUAAAAUCAUGACUAAAACAAUUACUUAUGUUCCCACUCAGAUUGUCCAAUGUUCAAACAUGUGUGUGUGUGUGUGUGUGUGUAUAUAUAUAUAUAUAUAUAUACACACACAACUACAAUGUAACUGAAGUGCAGACUUUAAAGUUUAAUACAAGGUUUGAACAAAAAUAUAUGCUUAAACAUGCAGGAAUUGUAGCUAUUUUAAUACAAACGCUCCUCAUUUCAGGAGCUCAAAAGUAAUUGGACAAAUAAACAUAACCCUAAGUAAAAGUACUUUUUAAUAUUUUGUUGACAAUCCUUUUCAGGCAAUGACUGCCUGAUGUCUGGAACCCAUGGACAUCACUAAGUGCUGGGUUUUCUCCUUUGUGAUGCUUUGCCAGGCCUUUACUGCAGCGGUCUUCAGUUGGUUUGUGGGUCUUUCUUCUUACGUUUUGUCUUGAGCAAAUUAAAUGCAUGCUCGAUUGGGUUGAGGUCUGGUGAUUAACUCGGCCAUUGCAGAAUAUUCCACUAUUCCAAUAUGGACUAUUGUCCAUCUGUACUGUGAAGCAUCCAAUCAACUUUGCUGCAUUUGGCUGAAUCUGAUCAGAAAAUAUAUCCCUAUACACUUCAGAAUUCAUAUGGGUGCAUCUGUCUUGUCACAUCAAAAAACUCAAGUGACCCAGUGCCAUUGGAAGCCAUGCAUGCCCAUGCCAUUACACCGCCUCCACCAUAUUUUACAGACGAUGUGGUGUGCUAUUCCAUUUCUUCUCCAAACCCAUCAUUUUGGUACAGGUUGAUCUUAGUCUCAUCUGUUCAAAGAAUGCUGUUCCAGAACUGGGCUGGCUUCUUCAGGUGUUUUUUUGAGCAAAGUCAAUUCUGGCCUUUCUAUUUUUGAGCCUGAUUAAUGGUUUGCACCUUGUGGUGAAUCCUUUGUAUUUACUCUCAUGAAGUCUUUUCAUUGUAGACUUAAAUACUGAUACACCUACUUCCUGGAGAGUGUUUUUCACUUGAGUGGAUGUUGUGAAGGGGUUUUUCUUCAUCAUGGAAAUGAUUCUGUAAUCAUCUACCACUGUUGUCUUCCGUGGAUGUCCAGGCCUCUGAGUUCCCAAGCUCAUCAAUGCAGUCUUUUUUUCCUCAGAAUUUACCAAAGUGUUGAUUUGGCCACUCCUAACAUUUCAGCUAUUUCUCUGAUGGAUUUUUUAAUUUUUUUCAGCCUCAGGAUGGUCUGUUUCACCUCUUUUGACCACAUGUUGUGUGUUCACAGCAACAGCUUCCAAAUGCAAAUGCCACACCUGGAAUCAACUCCAGACCUUAUAACAGCCUAAUUGAUGACAGGUUAACGAGGGAAGAGCCCAUGUAGCCUUGUUAUUUAUUUUGCAGUCUAAUUGUCCAAUUACUCUUAGUCCCUUGAAAAAGAGGUGGCUACAUAUUAAAGAGCUGUAAUUUCUAAACCCUUGCUUCAAUUUGAAUGUGAAUACUCUGAAAUUACAGCUGAGAGUCUGCACAUUAAGCCCAUAUUGAUUAUAUAAUUGUAUCCUGAAUGUUUUCAUAAACAGCUAAAAUAAUAAAACUUUUGUCAAUGUCCAAAUA